AUGUUUUUAAAAUCUGAUAUUUUAAAAGCGAUAUCAUUUAGAAAUCCAGUUAAAUUACCUUUUACAUAUUGGGUAUUAAUUGGUCUAAGGUUUGCGCUAACGUUAGUACCACAACAAGGAUAUAUACACCCGGAUGAGUUUUUCCAAAAUAUUGAAGUGAUCGCCGGAGAUGUUCUCACUGUUGAUGUUGCCAGGACAUGGGAAUUCAAUCCCAAAUUUCCAAUCAGAAAUAUAUUUAUACCCAAAAUGAUAUUAGGACCACCCUUGCACUUUAUACAAUUAACAAAUCCAUAUGUAAAACAAUAUUUUAAUAUUGACUUAAAAACACCUUAUUAUCUCUUGGUUAUUCCAAGACUCUUUAUUUGUUUUCUUUCACUGAUAAAUGACUUCUGUUUGUAUCGAAUAUGUACCCUUUAUGGUCAAAAUUUCAGAAACAGGCUUAAAUUGUUUGCCAGUUCUUAUGUUGUUUUUGUGUACUGCUGUAGAAGUUUCUCGAACACAUUUGAGAUGAUGUUUUUUUCAUUGCUUCUUCUUUUAGUUGCCGAAUGUAUGCUGAAAUCAGAUAAAGUUAUAUACCAUAAUGAAUUUCUUAGGGAGAAAUAUGAACAAGCCAAAAGUGCAGUGGAAAGGGUGAAACUAUUCAAGCUGUCCACUCACUUACCUGAACAUUCCUUGAAUAGAGUGUUAUUUCUAUCAACUUUAGUUGUCAUAGGAAUUUUCAAUAGACCUACAUUUGUCGGCUUUGCAUUUCCACCAGUUUUUUUCUGGCUUUAUAGAGGACUAGGGUCCAAAGUGGUGGGUUUUAAAGAUUUUCAUUAUAGGAUAUUUGUACUCAUAGUCUGUGGCAUUCCACCAGUUUUAAUGUUGAUAUUAUUUGACUCUGUGUAUUAUGGGUAUUUAACUAUGGCUGAUAUAGAAUCAUUAAAACUAUCCUGGGAUAAUUGGGUUGUGACACCACUGAAUUUUCUGAGGUACAACUCUGACAUGCGGAAUCUGACUCAGCAUGGGCUACAUCCACGGUGGCUGCACCUAGCUGUCAACAUUCCUCUGUUGUUUAAUGUGCUGGGUCUGUUGGCAGUCUUCACAGUAACUGGAUACAUUUAUAGGUUUACUCGUGGGCAAUAUAGCAAGCUGCCGCGAAUCCAAAGCAUAACGGGGCUUAUGAUGUUCUCACUGAUUACUCCGAUCGCUCUGUUGUCCAUGUUCCCCCAUCAGGAAGCACGAUUUAUCAUUCCGGUGCUAGUACCCCUAGUCUACCUUUUCGGGAAUCAUCUCCACGUCAACGAAAGUGACGGGCCAUACCGCAGUAAACUCAAGAACCUGUUGCGUUACAGUUGGUACACUCUGAACAUUUUACUGACGAUAUUCUUCGGAUUCGUUCACCAAGGCGGCAUAUACCCCUUCACUGAUAACUUGCAUAGAGAAAUAAAAGCCACUUACGGUGUACACACUCACGUCAUAACGACGCACAGCUACAGUAUACCAACAUUUCUGCUGCAAUUGGAGAGCACAACGAAAGUGUGGAAAGACAAGAGAACCGGCCACAAAUACAGAUUGGCGCCCUCCACGUUUCUCUACAAAUACGGCUCGAUGCCCAUGGACGAUUUGUUCAUGAAAAUAGACGAAGUCCUCACAGAAGCGGAAAUGAUGCUUCACAAAUACAAGAAGCAGUACAGGUUUUACGUGGCCUCUCCGUGCUCACUGGAGCGGCAGAUACUCGACACCGCCAAAAAUUACUACUACAUCGAAUUAAUGGAAGACUUCUUGUACUACCCUCAUUUUUGCACAGAAGCUCUGCCAUCUUUCCCUAGCCAUCGUGAUCAGUUUUGUUUGGAAAAGAAUUUCAAUAGAAAUAACGAAUCUCUUUCUCUAGAUCUGAAUUUUUACCAAAGAAUCUCUUGCUUCUUUAGGAAGUUUUGUUUUAGGGUUUAUAGAGUAAGACCAGUUAAGAUCCAUUCUAAUUAA